UUGUAUAAAAAACUGUUAUUGUUGUCUAAUCUAGCUACAGACAUAUAAUACAAUACUAACAUUAUCCAAUUUUACUUACAAUAGAUUGUAUUUUGAACAAUGAUGUUAAAGGUGUAGACAUCAAGUUUAUCAUUAUGUACAGAAGUCGUUUAACUUUAGUUCCAUGUAACAGUUUUAACAUCUUGAAAUCCUCUGUCUUUAUGGUCCAAGGCAGUUUGGGUACUCUUACAGGAAGUUAAGGGUCGUUAAGUCAAGGGUCCCAGAAUACCUGUUAUCUCAUUUUCUGCCUUCCAUUUUCAGCUAUACACAUCUCUGUUGCUGUAUAAUUAUAGACACUGUGAAAGAUACAACAGACAGACUCAGGGAGAAGUUCACAAUGUAUAAUGAAUUAAACAAGAAAUUCACAAAAACUAAAGAAAGAUUUCACAAAAUGUAUAUUAACAGAUCUUUAAUGUCUUGUUUUGGACAUGUUUUUUUGUGUUUCCCAGGCCCAUCAGUUCCAGUAGCCAGUGUGUGGCAGUUGGGAACUGUUGGUAACAAACUUCACCCUGACAUAUGUGAUGCAGUGUGUCUCCAUCUGGGACUCACAAGGGAAAUGAUACAGGCACACAGGGAAAAAUAUAGACUUGAUUCUUCAGAAGCCUGGGAAAUGUCACAAUAUGGCAUUCACAACAUUUCCCUACUCCUAAGGUGGCUGAACAUGGCUGGAAGCCAGGCUACGCUUGACAAGUUGUGUGAGAGUCUUCACUAUGCAGAUGUACAGCUGGACAUGUAUAACUUCCUUUUUGACCCAAUCACAUCCAGACACCCAACAGACUUGGAGCUGGUCCAGCUGGCCGUACAGCUGCACUCCAUCCCCUGGGUGCUGACCCACCUGUGCUGUCCAAUGGGCUUCCAGCACCACGACGUGCUAUGCUGGGAGCGGACCGACCCGGGCGGCACGUGGUUCCAGGUCCAUGCCAUGCUGGAAGACUGGCGGAACAAGUUUGGCGGGGAAGCCACGGUCGUAAAACUGUGUGGGCAGUUACAUGACGGUGGAGUGGCGCCUGACAAAUACUGGUUUUUGUGUCAUGAAGAGCCCAAGUCGUUUGAAGGCUAACAACGUUUACAGGUGGUUCGUGCAAUCUUUAUGACCGGUGGAAUGGGAUUCUCUCUCUCCCUCUUGCCUUCUUGGAUUCUCUGAUGACUACUUGGCGGGGAGGCCACCGUCGAAAUACUGUGUGGGCAGUGAUUGACGGUGGAGUGAUGCCAGAUAAAUACUGGUUUUUGUGUCAUGAAGGUGAACGGUGAUAGGUGGUUCAUGCAAUCUUCAUGACUGGUUGAGCAAGUUUGGUGCGUAGGCCUCGGUCAUAAAACUGUUUGGACAGUUACAUGACGGUGGAGUGGGGCCUGACAAAUACUGGUUUUUGUGUCAUGAAGAACCCAAGUCUUUUGAAGGCUAACAUCAGUGACAGGUGGUUCAUGC